AUGUUUUUCUGGGAUUAUGUUGGUGAUCUUGAAGGGUUGUGGGAGUAUGCAUGGGGGCAGUCUGUUGGUGACAACCUGUUGAACUCAGUUUAUGCUAUGGGUAAGUGUGUGCAAGACUUUAUGGCGGAUGAGAAGAUUCACAAGCCUACGCUGCUUGGGCCGCAUUUUGCUUUGCUGGUAAGAAAAUGCAGUAAGUUUGUUUUUUUCCGUCCUGUAUUGUUGGUGGGUGAUUACAGUAUGGCUUUAACUACUAAUGUUUGCAAUCAAAAGGUUUGGCUGUAUGAGCAUACUCAAGUGGUAAGUCUACGACUUGGUUGGUAUCUGUUUCCUCGAUUUAGAAACAGGAAGCUUGAGAACCAGGAGUGA